GCAUCUCCUCCCCCUUCCACCAACUCCCCUAAAAACCCAAACCUUGGCAACUCAUGACCACGCUCGGACAAUCACGAUAGAGCUCUUCUGCAUCGUCUUCGUUCAAACAGCAAGCCUUCCAAGGUUAUAUACAGACCAGUGUCAACUAUGAAGCUUACAUGGUAGACCUAUUACGAUUUCACAAGUAAUAUAAAUACAUACAGUACUCGAAACCCUGCACAGCGAUCAAAGCGCCGAGUAAGUAAAACAGUAUUGGUCACACCACUAAAAGAAACCAUACAAGACAAUGAUCAACUCAAAUUCCGUCCAUCCUAACUCAGGAAAUCAAACUGCCGAAGAGGAUUGUGAAACUCCACAUCCUACCAACCAACCCACAAAUGGUCAUGAACUACACCAGGCUACAUCAUACCUAUCGCUCCACGAUGGAAGAAAUCCUGAUCCGAUAGACAUCGACCAUCAAAACCCACCAAACCUGUUCAGCUCUCCGCAACCACAUGUCUCGCAACAAGAAGCCGACGAUGGCAAUAUCCCUCCUGAAAGAUUGCCCACCUAUGGUGAACUCAAAGAUCAGGAAGGACAUCGAUUUGGAAGAUGGCGAGGAUGGAUUGAAAAACGUGCCCGAGAGCGAGUUGAAGAACGAACGAUUGAUCGCCAGGAGGCAGAACUACAUGGCCGUCCAUUCGGUACCGGUUGGGACUUACCCCAAUCAAACACAUCCUUUAUUCAACCACAAGCCACCCGUCUCGAUCGAAACUCAUCUAUUAUAUCUGCCAGAGAUGAACGUGCAGCCUUCAAAUCAGCUUCCCGAAAUCACAAAGAUGCAUUCUUGAGACAUCAGAAGGGCAAAUUCGAUGGCUCGACAUCUGGACAUAAACCAAACCUGGAACCUGGGCCAGGAGCUGUGAACCUUACUCCAUCUACCUCAAUUCAUCAGAUCGGAUCCCGUUUUCUACCUCAAUUCCCCUCACAACCAUUAUGUGCAAUUCCCUUACCACUCAGUAGGAUCAGGAAUUACACCUCUGCCAGCGACCCACCUGCCGAAAGAUUCCUACUCGUUGGGACUAUUGAUGGUCUCUAUGUUUGCGAUCUGAUGCCCUCUCUCUCGUCGACCGUCAAGAAGGAUAUGGUCUCACCAACCGAUAGUAAAAUUUAUCAACUAUGGCAAGGCUUAGGCGUACAUCAACUAGAGAUCGCAAUCGAAGACACUACCCACUCUUCAAAUACAUCUCUACCUGGAAUCGUUAUUGCUCUCACAUCUUCUUCACACGAAUCCACCAUCAGUCUUGGUAUGGAUGGGAUCACCAAAUCGAUCAAGAUGUGGCCACUACAGUCGAUGAUCAAUCUUGUCAAGUUUCGUGCGUUUAGUGAAAGCUCUGAAUGUUUAGAUCUAGUCGAGCGGGCAUCGAGUACAAAAAGAAAUUCAGCUUUGGUCGUCGGAAGUUCUGCGCUAGCUGGAUUCAAGUCAAUGUUUGAGAAGGGCAAACACAAAGCCGAGGGUUCGAUCAGCAGCUUAUCCGACAGUCUCUCGAAUACCUUCCCUUCUCAGACUGCCAGUACAUCUAGCCGACAUCAACAGAGGGAUUCUUAUUCUCAAAAGCACACCACAAACAAUCCCGUCACAAAUCCGUUGCCUUCCUCUUCAAAUGAGAAGUCAUCAAAUCAAUCCCAUCUCGAGUUACCUCUCCAAUGGGCCAAGCAAACCAUAUCAUUAGAUUUACCUCGGAUUCAGGCACAUGGACCGAUCUUAUUCAUCAAACUUUCAAACUCACCCGUUCCAGGAUUCAAUCCGAUUAAUGAUCAACUCGAUCAGAUUAAUGACUCCAAGUCUCUUCCAGUUGGACUAAGAUCAAGAUCACGUGCACGCACUGAUGACGGAGAUGAUGAGUCCCAUGGUCAUAUGCCCAAUGACGGAUGGUGGUAUUUGAUCAUAGCUACUAAACAAAUGAUCUUUGUAAUGGAGUCUCAGCCUAACCCUCAACGGACAUGGCAUCUAUGUGCUGAGAUGUCGGCCCCGUUCACGGCAAAGACUGCGCAUCUGGUCCUAUCUGAAUUUUCCAGGUCCAGCAAUAAUAGGACUGCUUCUCACUCACGUACUCCCACCCUGAGCCGAAGACCGCUCAAUCCUCGGCUUGGAUACGGUGAACUGGCGGUGCUACUGACGAUGAAGGAGUAUGCAGUCGUGAUUUCAUUGAGUGACUUGAGUGUGCGAGAACUAGACCUGCAAGGCACCGUCGCAACAAGUCAAACUACGAGUAACAUUUCAUCUUACACAAAUACGCUAAGGCCAACUACCGGUAGUUUUAGUGGCUUGAGUCAGUUGGAACGAGUCCAGAAUAACUUUAAGCCAUUCGGACGUAAUGUUUCUUCGAUCGCAGGCUCAAUCGAACCCGUCUUGAUCAACAAACGUGGCAAAGAUGGCUUUGGAAUAUCCCGAGAUGAUGGCUUUCAAGUCGAGAGUCGUCGAGCAAGUAGGUUGGUGAGUGAUCGACGUUGGGCAGGAUGUGAGGAACUAUUGAUUCCAGUUCCAAGCCAAGCCCGUAAUUCUCAGGACACCACUGGAGCCGGUAGUCGUGAAGAGGUUUCAACAGAAGAAGACCAUCACCUUCGAGCUAUUUAUUUGGUCACUCGCGGAUAUCUCACUUAUGCGGUUAUCUGUCCAUUUGGAUAUGAAUCCCGUUCACGAUCAUCUCGGGCGGAACAGUCAAGCUCAUGCAUUGAUCAACAUGCGGGUCUCGCGGGGGCGCUUCCAUUACCUCUCUUAUUGAAGCCAGUUCAUACAUUCACAUGGAGAGCUAUCCCAGUGAAAGUGCAGGCCCAGAUUAUUCCUAUACCGAGUAAAUGGGCAAAAGUGGAGAAGAAGAAAGACGCUGAGGGUGGAGCUGAUGAUCCUCAAGGAUCCAACGAUGAAGUAUUCUGUUGUUUGACGGCUUUUACGGCUUCGAGUGUCGAGGUUCAAGAAGGCUUUAUUUCGUUGAAAGUUCUGAGGAUGAUGUGGGAAGCCGGAAGAUCCAAAGAUCGACACACCGGGAAUGUGUCCUUUUUCACGCCCGCUAGCAAUGCUUAUCGACGCCGAUUCCGACAAGCCUCAGCCUCAUCCUUUUCGUCAACUAGCACGACUAGUGAUAGCACCAACAACCCCACCCAGAACGAAACCGCGCCCGCGGAGAUUCUGCCACUCCCGCGACGAGGCCCCGGCUUACCCACAACUCCGCGCCCACCAAACGAGACUAGAUCCAGAUCCUCCUUUUCUUCCAACGAUCAACCGUUCGAAGAAAGCGAAGAGGAAUUAAAUGACAAUAGUUCCUACGAUUACAGCGCCAAGAUCGGAUACUUGUGUAGUUCUGCGGCUUGGUUCUCACGAUCCUCAGCUGCUUCGAAUCCGAACCCGCAGAAAGAUCUCGACCAUCCGAGCCAUCCUUCAGCUGUCCAUCCGCUCGACCGUAAUCCAAACAGCUUCGAUUCUUCGACGUCUGAGUCUACUACAACUGGCCCCCCGGAUCCUCAUCAUCCUCAGGAACAUCCUCAUCCCCAGGAACACCAACACUGUAACAAUCCUCAUGCUCCUCCUCAUCCUUUGACAUCUACUGCGACUGCUACUACUAGAGACUUCACUCAGGGUAGUUUCUUUUGGAAACAGGCCGUUGGUGAAUGGAAAAUUAUGUAUGUUUGUAAUAGUAUGGACUUAUAAAUAUUUGGCUUUUUUUUCUCUCUCUCUCUUUUUUGGUUAUUUUAUAUACUAGACACUUCUUUUUUUCUCUAGUCCCUCAUUCUGUGAUCUUGUGUUUUCUGUUGUAGUUACCUUGUUUUUUUUUUAAUUAUAUAAAAUCAUUUUCCUUCAUGGUUGUGGGUUUACUUUGAAGUUGAAUUCCUUUUUUUCUAUUUCUCAAGUUGGGGAGUAACACAAGCAUCCAUACAAAUGAAAAGAACUUCUAUAAUCAGACCCAAG